CUCCAAGCAUGGCGCGAGAAGCUCUUUCACGUCGACGACCUCAUCAUCCUCACGCAUGAGCAGUUCGAGACGUACUUCCCGCACAUUGACAACGUCUACUCCCACCGCUCGACGCAGCGGUACAAGCGAAAACCCUUCAUCUCGCACUACUGGGACUGCCGCAUGAAAGGCCGGCCGCCGGGCACGCCCAAGUCCGACGACCCUGCCAAGAAGAAGCGCAAGCGCAGCGCGCGGGAGCGCGACUUGUGCGAUGUCAAGAUCAAGGUCACCGAGUACUUCCCCGACGCAGGGGCCGAGGCCGCGCUGGACCGGGACGUGGCCGCUGCUAUUGCCGCUGGCACGGCGGCUGCCAAUGCGGUUGUCGGCACGGGACAGCGCUUUUGGACCAUCCAGAGGGUGAAUGGCAAUGGGGGCAAUGGGAAAGGAGACGGCGUGGCGGGUCCGCAUCGACAUACGCUGGAGAGGAGCGAUGAGAUUAAAAAGAGCAGUGUGCAGCGCUUUGUGGCGAUGAGGGAUAAGGAGGCCAAGAGCACUCUUGUAAGUGAGAGAAGCACGGCAUAUCCCACGCCGCCUCAGAAGAAGGCUUCCGGAGCUGCAAAUGCGACCAUCCGGAUGCAUAGCAAGGAAGUGGAUCUAAAGCUAUACGCUGCGAGCUUUUGCCCCUUUUCACAUCGUGUCUGGAUUGCUCUCGAGGCCAAAGGCCAGCCAUAUCAGUACAUCGAGACAGACCCCUUCAAGCGUCCUGCUUCUACGCCACUUCUCGAGGCCAAUCCGCGCGGCCGUGUUCCUGCCAUUCGGCAAGGAGACUGGGCUUGCUCUGAGAGCGCCGUUAUUCUAGAAUAUGUAAGACGAGGAUUUUUGUUUUUGGAAGACAAAUACCCCGAUAUCCCGCUGUUCCCCUCUGAUCCGCGACUGAGAGCUAAUUGCCGUCUCUGGAUUGACCAUAUCAACAAUCUUCUCAUCCCCACCUUCUUCUCCCUCCUCCAAUCCUCUUCCUCGCCAUCCUCUCAAACUGCCAUCGGCAACUCCUCCUCAACACAAUCAACAACCCUUCCUUCAUCAUCUUCUUCUCCCAUCCCCUCUCUCGCCCUCCUCCAAUCCCACCUCACCGCCCUCGUCCUCGCCGCCGACGAACAAGGCCCUUACUUCCUCGGCCCCUCUCUAUCCCUCGUCGACAUCCACUUUGCCCCUUUUGCCCUCCGUCUCGGCCGUAUCCUGCGCCAUCGCCAUCCCAACGCUGUCUUCUUGCUGGUUGAUGCCGUCCCGGAUACGCGCUGGCGUCGUUGGUUGGAGGCCCUGGAGAGGAAUACGCAUGUCCAGGCUACGAUGCAUAUGGAUGAUUUUUAU